AUGGGCCGAUACUCCGGGAGGAGCUUCCGCCUCGUCUUCAUGUGCGUGGUGAGCAUCCUCCUGUUCGUGAUGGAGCUGGCGGUCGCCCACAUCGGCAACUCCCUGUCCUUGGCCUCGGACGCCUUCGCCGUCCUCUCCCACCUCCUGUCCAUGGUCAUCGGCCUGUUCAGCCUGCGGGCCAGCACCAUCACGCGCCACAGGAGGAGCACCUUCGGCUUCCUGCGGGCCGACGUGGUGGGAGCCUUUGGCAACUCCAUCUUCGCCGUGGCGCUCAUGUUCAGCAUCCUGGUGGAGGCCAUCAAGAGAUACAUCAACCCCCAGAAGACGGAGGAGGCGCUGCUGGUCCUGUUGGCUGGGAUUAUCGGGCUGUUCUUCAACGUGCUCAACUAUGUCAUCCUGGACUGUUGCUACUGCUCAGCUGGCCGGCCCCCGGAGGACCCGGGCACAGGUGACUCCCUGAACGUCCAGCACGAGCCGGAGGAGACGAUGAGGAAGGAGAAGAAGUCGGAAGCCCUGAAUAUCAGAGGUGUGCUUUUGCACGUGAUGGGCGACGCCCUGGGCUCGGUGGUGGUGGUGAUCACGGCCACCAUCUUCUAUGUGCUGCCCCUGGACCAGGACCACCCCUGCAACUGGCAAUGCUACAUUGACCCCAGCCUGACCGUCGUCAUGGUGAUCAUCAUUUUGUCGUCUGCCUUCCCGCUCAUCAAGGAGACCGCCAUCAUUCUGUUGCAGAUGGUCCCCAAAGGGGUCAACGUGGAGGAGCUGAUGAGUAAGCUCGCGGCCGUGCCGGACAUCAGCAGCGUUCAUGAACUGCAUAUCUGGGAACUUAUAAGUGGGAAGAUCAUUGCCACCCUGCACAUCAAGUACCAGAAGGACAGGGGGUAUCAGGACGCCAGUCUGAAAAUUCGAGAAAUCUUCCACAGGGCGGGAAUCCACAACGUGACCAUCCAGUUUGAGGCCGUGGACUCGCCGGAGUCUCUGGAGCAGAAGGACACGCUGUCGCUGUGCAGCUCCCCCUGCAUCUCCAAGAGCUGUGCCAAGCACCUGUGCUGUCCCCCCCGGGCACUGCCCCUGGCCCACGUCAAUGGCUGCGCUGAGCACAACGGCUCUCCCCGUCUAGACAUGUACCAAAGCCAAGGCCUCGGUCGACCAGAACUCUCGGAAGUGGCGAUUGAAGUAUCUCGGGAUGGCCGUGUGAGUGACCAUGGACAAGCUUUCACCAAAACUCAGGAGGACCGAUGUUAUACCAACAGCACACAUUUUUAA